UGCUGCCCUCCCUUUGAAAAAAAACAAAACAGGCCUGUACUAACCGAAUCACCUCCUCCCCAGGGAUAAUGCCCUACCCUGAGCAAGAACCGUAAAAAAAACAAAAAAAAAAACAAGAUAUUUGCAGCCUCCUGGCUUCCUCAUUCAGCUGAGCAAGGCUGCCUGUAAGCUAACCUGGGCUAAUGAAUUAAUUAAUGGCCCUGCCUGGACAGUGACAGGGAAGGGACAAAAGGGGGAGGGGGGGAGCCAUCUCUCCUCCAGCCGAAGCAGCCUCCCGGUUUGCACCGGCGAAGGGAGAUGGCCUGGGAUCCGAAUACUCGAAGCCCCCUCUGUCCGUUUGGGGGCUCAACCUCCAUCCUGCUCUGCUCUGCUAGCACUGCCUGGAGCCAGCUAAUUCAGGCAACCACCGAACCGCCAAAAAAGAAACCAGAUCCCGUCACAUCGGAAACCGUGGUGAUCUGGGGUUUGCGACUCUGGCAAGUGGUUGGGAUUUUUGCCAUUUUUGUGCUGAGUGUUAUCAUCACCCUCUGUUGCAUCUUCAAAUGUCGCAUCCCGAGGACCAAGAAGGAGAUCGAGGCCCGCUAUGCCAAGAGACAGGCGGCCAAGAUGUACGCAGACAAGCUGGACACUGUGCCCCCCCUUAAUGAACUGACCGAGAUCCCAGGAGGUCUGGCCAACGUGAAGGCAGAGGAAGAAGAAGAAGAAGAAGAAGUGCCCACCGUAUCAGGCAAAGUAGAUGCCCAGAAGAAGAAAGAAAAAUCAAAAGAGGGAAAGAAAGAAAAGAAGAAGCAGCAAGAAGAAAAAGAAGAAAAGGAAGCAUCUGAGAAGGACAGGAAAGAGGGAACAAAGCAAAAACAAAGCAAGAAAGAAGGGAAUGAGACAAAAUCAGAGAAGAGGAAGAAAGAGGAAGGAGGAAAGAAUGGCAGCAAAGAGAAACACAGAGGCAGUUCCAGAGCACGUUCGAAAACACCCGGAAAUCCUAAAACUUCAUCCCGGAAAAAGUGAGUGAAGAUGAGAGAAAAUUGCAAGAGAGAGAAAGAGAGAGAGAAAAACAAACCCAGAGGCUUUAAAAAAAAGAGAGAGAGCACUUUUUGCACUUUUUCAAGGUCUUCUGAGUGUUUGCAUCGCUUUGGACUCAUUAAAAAUAAAUGCUGAUCAAUAAAAAUAAAUCUCAAGCUUGAGGUCUAGAAACUUGAACAAGCAUCUUGAAAUCCAUAUUGGCGAUCUCUUUUGUCCUGUUGCAAAAAAGAAAAGAAAAGUACAAUUGUGAACUCAAUUCAGAAUAUUUAGGGGGGGAAAGGAUUGUUUUUAGCAACUGUAUUUGUCCAGUGCAAUAACUUAAUCCGUAAAAAAAAAUCCUAAUUGUUUUGGAAAAAAGCAAUAUAUGGGGGAAAUAAUUAUUAUCCCAAUGAUAUGCGUUUGCACGUGGCAAGACCCAGCA